GCUACAGUACCGCGUUUCCUUAGACGGCGGCGCUCCACCCACUCCUCCGCCGUACCACCACUUGGGAAAUAUCUAGCCAGCCUCCCAUCCCCACUCAAUAAUGCUGGUGCUCCUUCCUGGAUCUCACAACAAGCUAGCUCAACGAGUCAACUGCUCCGGCCGGCCGGCGGGCUUCGUGUGUGCGCCUGCAUCAAUCCCCGCCCGGCUACUCUGCUGCCAACGGCACACGUCCGGUUUAUGGUGCGAGCGGGUGUUUAGAGACCAUCAACUCUUUGUGGUGCGUCUCCAUACCGCUACUGACAAUGUUUUUCAAGGCAAUGGCUUUAUUGUCAGCAACAAUAAAACCAUCUGUGACAUAGUAUCAUGUCAACAUGUCGUCAAGAUGCUUCCCGUGGGUGGAACAAUGGCUGUUUAUUUCUUCAACUCCGACGGAUUGAUCCCACGCCGAUACAAUGCAAGAAUAAUUCGUACUGAUGAGGGUCGGGAUCUUGCUUGGCUGCGGGCUCAAGAUGUCUAUGAACCAGUGACUUGUCUGAGGUUCUUCGACCCACCAUAUGCUUCUGGGUGGAAUGUUGUUGCGCUGGCUUAUACCACAUUGGAUGGCUCUUCUGCUACUAUUCUAGAGCCAGGGACGUAUUCUGGUCAAAUAACCAAUGAACCAGAUGAAGUGUCGCUUACCUGCAGUUGUACAUCUAAGCAAGGUGCAUCAGGUUCACCUCUUAUUUUGCCACGGAUAGACAGGGUAGUUGGGGUGCUUGCCGGAGCUUCACAUGCAUCGGUAUACGCUGUUCCUGUCACACAUAUAAGGGAGUUCUUAAUAGAGUGGCUUGGUGGAGACGAAGACCUGAACGAAGUACGAACUGCUGGGUUGGUUAUGCUUGUCGCAAAGGGCCAAUAGUACGAUGAGGACUUGAACACUGGACGGAAACUUGGGGAGGAAGAACCAUGAGAAGUUGUCAGAAUUUAUCCUAAAAAAAGUUGACGUGCGCGUGGCGUAGUUCUAGGUUUCAUAGUUAGUAUGCUGGAAUGUUUUAAUCCUAGACUUUGUAGCUAGUCAUUGGCUGGGCUUUGCUCAUUUUAGAUUGUAUACUGAUCUACUACUUAUUUCUUUCUUAACUUUGCUACCUUAUUGUCUUGCGGUUUGAAUUAUGUCACCGUAUUAAUUUCUCUGUGUGUUAGACAAACAUGAUAUGAUUAAACGUGUGUUAAUUCGUUCCAUUGUUAA